GGGAGCGGCGCUGCGGGAUGGGACGCGGCGCGGAGCGGAGCCAGAGAAAGCUACCUGAGUGUGCUAGCAAGUUACAGAGCAGCUGAUUUCUCAAACGUGUAAACGCGAAGGAUAUUCUCUACUCCCCUUUUUAAAUGGUUGUGAGCCAUGCCUUUGGUGAAAAGGAACAUUGAACCGCGGCAUCUCUGCCGAGGAGCUCUGCCAGAGGGAAUUACCAGUGAACUGGAAUGUGUAACGAAUAGUACCCUUGCUGCUAUCAUACGCCAGCUAAGCAGCUUGAGCAAACAUGCUGAAGACAUAUUUGGUGAAUUGUUUAAUGAGGCCAACAGCUUCCACAUCAGAGCAAAUUCCCUUCAAGACAGAAUUGAUCGCCUUGCUGUCAAAGUUACCCAGCUGGAUUCAACAGUAGAAGAAGUAUCAUUACAGGAUAUCAACAUGAAAAAAGCAUUCAAGAGCUCAACAAUUCAAGAUCAGCAGGUAGUUUCAAAGAACAGCAUUCCUAACCCAGUGGCUGAUAUUUAUAACCAGAGUGAUAAACCACCACCUCUGAAUAUUCUUUCACAUUAUAGGGAUGAUAAGAAAGAUGGAUUGAAGUUCUAUACUGAUCCUUCCUAUUUUUUCAAUCUUUGGAAAGAAAAAAUGUUACAAGAUACUGAAGAUAAGCGAAAAGAAAAGAGAAGACAAAAGGAGCAAAAGCGUAUAGAUGGCACCACCCGUGAGGUGAAAAAGGUUAGAAAAGCCAGGAACAGACGCCAGGAGUGGAAUAUGAUGGCAUAUGACAAAGAGCUUAGACCUGACAACAGGUUGUCUCAAAGUGUGUACCAUGGAGCAUCUUCCGAGGGAUCACUGUCCCCAGAUACUAGGUCCCAUGCAUCUGAUGUUACAGAUUAUUCUUACCCUGCUACUCCGAAUCAUUCCCUCCAUCAGCAGAUAGCAAUGUCUUCCUAUGGAGCAGGGGAUGGUCCACAGUACAUGGCAGCAUCCCAAAGCCAUGAGCAUGAAUACAGGCCACCUUCCACCACUGUACGACAUGCUACUUUAAACAGACCUCAGCAACCACCUCCACCUCCACCCCAGCCUUCAGAUGGCCAGCAUAGCUCAGUACCUGUGGUACCAGCAGAAUAUGGGAUGCUUCCAGCUCAGAUGGUGGAUUAUUACAAUCCUACAGGUCCUCCCCCUCCUCCUCCUCCCCCUAUGAUUCCUUCAGCACAAACUGCAUUUGUUAGUCCCCUUCAGCUUCCUGUGCCACCUUCCCAUUCUGGACUGGUGACUGGCUCUGCAUAUGUAGCUACUCAUCCUCCUCCUUCUAGUGGGCUUGUUGUUACUGCUCCUCCUCCCCCUGGCCCACCUCCUCCCCCUCCAGGCCCUCCUGCUGCAGGUUCCUCCCUCUCUUCCUCCCCAGUGCAUGCUCCUCCAGCUGCUGAGGCAAAACAUUAUGAACCUGCACAGCCACCAGUAAGUGACGCACGGAGUGAUCUCCUGGCUGCAAUUCGAAUGGGAAUACAGCUGAAGAAGGUGCAGGAGCAACGUGAGCAAGAAGCAAAGCGAGAACCUGUUGGAAAUGACGUGGCCACCAUCCUUUCAAGACGCAUCGCUGUGGAAUACAGUGAUUCUGAUGAUGAUUCCGAGUUUGAUGAGAACGAUUGGUCAGAUUGAACCUGGUCCAAACCCAGUGGCAAGUUCAUGAAAUACUUGGCUUCAGUGAUUGCUUUCCUAGCAAGAUGUAAAGCAGGAUGUUGACAUGUAUUAAGGCUAGUUAUUGAAGUACUAACAUUGACUUGGUAUUAUUCCGGAUGCUGUAGCUUAGCAACUCUGGUGAUGAUGAUGUGAUUAUGCUUAUGCAGAUCAGAAACUCGUCUUACUUUCAGUAUUUACCACAUAAUACUUAAGUGCCAGUAAAUGUAGCAAAUCAUGUGCUGCGUGCAAAAUAUGCUGCAGUUGUUGCACUCUUACAGAACCAGCAUUUUAUUUUUCUUUCCUGAUCUUGAAGGGACAAAAUAUAUUUUUUUGACUUGACAUCUUAUUCUUUUAAUUAUGUAAACAACUUAGGUACUUGUGAAUUGGUCUGGUUGUUAGUCUUUGAGGGCAGUUAACUAUAUGACUGAGCUCCAUAAAUAUGACUUAGCUUUUUUAUUGGUUACUAAUUAUGCCCACCUUAGUCUAUUUUUAAUCCCUUCUAGGCUUAGUUGUUGGGUUUUUUUCAUAGAGAAUUGAAUUUAUAUAACCUUUCUUUUUAUCUUAAAAAGGUAGCAGGUAAUGAAAUGUAUGCUUUGGAGAAUGAAUCCACAUGAUCCAAAAUGAACUAGAUAAGUCUGUGACACUGCCAGCUCUAGGUUGCUGGCUGCUUGUUGGGUGGAGUGCUGGGGUGGUCUCAGGCAGGUAGUGGCUGCAUGCCCAUCUUGCAAAUGGAAGUUCUAAAAUACCUGUCGAGUUUUAUGAUGCAGAUCAACUAGACACAAAGACUUCAGGGUACACCUGAUUGAAGCCAUAUGGUUAUUGAAGUGUCGAAAUGUUAUUCUGUUAUUACUGAAGAGUGGAACUUUUUGUCAGUCCAGCUCUAGCAAUCAGAUGCAUUUCACAAGUAUUAAUCUUGGUCUUUCUGCCUGUAGGUAUAAAUGUUUGUAAAUAAGUUUUGUUGUUGUUGAUUUGUACAUGUGUAGCCAUGAGAGUUUUCCAUUUCCUGUAGCACAUUUACUCAAAACUACUUUUACUUUGAAUGUACUUCUUUCCUAGUACAUCCUAUUGAUAUAACAUUGGCAGUUAAAACAGUUUUAAUGGCAGUUUAGUUACUAUGCCAUGUAUAUACACUUGUUUUCACCCUUCCUAGGAACAGUGCUGCCAUACAGUCUGCUUUGGCUGUCUCUGUUUUCCUUAAAAAGAAUUCCUUUCUUUUUUGCAGUACCAUAUUAAAAUGGUAUUUUUGGGUUUGUUUUUUCUUUGUUCUGGACUAAGAGUCAGGCUGCUGCUUUACCUAGUGAGGUUUUAAAAACUGUAUUCAUAGCAGUGGAAGAGUUCUCUCCUUACCAGGUGACAGGUUUGUUUUAAAUCUUUAUAAAUGAAGUCUGUGUAAUUCCAGGUCUAACAUUUGAUAAAGCUCCUUUGUUUUGUGAGGCCCCUUCCCUUCUUACCAAAAAGUAUGUAAAAUAAAACCAGAAAUGGAUGAUAAUUACCUAACUUGUGUUUUCACAAUUAACAGUUUUAGUCCUGAGAAUGUAACAGUCUAACAUGAUGUUUGCAUGCAAACUAUUGGCUACUUCAUUGCUGGUUUACUCUGCGUGUGAUUUUUUCCAAUCUGUGGUGGCUGUCUUUAUGGUAGGGUGGUAACAUGCUGCCUCAAUGUUGGUGCUAAAAUUUAUCCUAUAAAGUACGACCAGUCUCUGCAUAAUGGGGAACAACUAGAGCUCUGGUCAAUUGGUAGCAGCUGAAGGGACUCAUCUCUGCUUCACUUGGAGCUGGUUUUGUCUUUGCCUUAAAAUACAGAGCCGAAGUCUGCUUUAUGUUGUGUCCUGGAGUCUGAGGUCUGUGUGUCCACCACAGAGGACGGAAUUUAGGCCAUGGCCUGAUGGUGUUUUUCACCAGUGCAUGAGAGAUGGUUUGUUCUGAUCAUCACUGUGUGGUUGCACAGUGGCUUGUGGUGUGAUCCUGUGGGUGGGUGGGCUGGAAGUGCAACUGGGACUGCAGCGUUACAUCCCUCUGCAGACAGGGAGGGUACUCUCAGUGUUCCUUUAAUACAUGCUGAAAUUAAAUGUCUCAGCAGAAAAUCCUUUCCAAACUACUGAAAUUUGAUAUGACAGAAGAUAUAUUUUAUGAGCACAGAAGUUGGGUGUGUCAGACAUUUUGUAAUUUGUGUUAAUUUUAAAUAAUAAACAUUAAACAAGCAAUCACUUGUGACCAGUUAAAGGUAGCGUAGAUUUUUUUAGUCAAGGUAGCCAACCUGUUUUUCUGAACCUGCAAUGUUGUUAUUUUCCUUUUGGUAUUUUAUUAAUAAAAUGUGAAUUGAAUUUAGUUAUGUAAACUAACAUUAUUCUAGGCUGUUUUUAUCAGUUUUAUCAUACUUUGGGUUGUGAAUAAGUAACAAAUAUGAAUAAAAUCUCACUUUUGA